AUGGCGGUGGUGGCCACGGAGACGCCGUUCCAUGUCCUGGCCGUGGACGACAGCCUCCCGGACAGGAAGCUCAUCGAGAGGCUCCUCAAGACCUCCUCCUUCCAAGUAACCACUGUCGACUCCGGGAGCAAAGCCCUGCAGUUCUUGGGCAUCCAUGACGACGACGCCAGCACGGUCUCUGUCCACGCGCACCAGCUGGAUGUCGCGGUGAACCUGAUCAUCACGGACUACUGCAUGCCUGGCAUGACAGGGUAUGAUCUGCUCAAGAAGAUCAAGGAAUCGUCGUCUCUUAGAGAUAUCCCAGUCGUGAUCAUGUCGUCUGAGAACAUCCCUUCAAGGAUCAACAGAUGCCUGGAGGAAGGAGCGGACGAGUUUUUCCUAAAACCAGUGCGGCUAUCAGACAUGAGCAAGCUCAAGCCCCACAUACUGAAAAGCAGAUGCAGGGACCACUACCAGCAGGAACAACAGCACCAGCAGAGUGACAGCAACAGCAACGAUUGCAGUAACCCCACGAACAAGAGCAGCAGCGAUAGCACAGGAAAGCGAAAGGCAGAGGACAACGGAGAAAUUUUGCCCCAGAAAAACAGACCAAGGCACAGUUAG